AUGACAGAGCCCCACAGGGUUUCGUUCACCACUCUCCAUGGUCCACUGAGCGGCAGCAGCUUCUUGAAGCGGUCUCGGAAAGAUGAUGGAGAGCAGCCCCAGGACUCUGAACCAGCUGCGACAGCUGUUCGAAUCACACUUACUCUCUUUGAGCCAGAUCACAAGCGUUGUCCAGAAUUUUUCUACCCAGAUCUUCUGAAGAGUUGUCGAGGGAAAGUGAAAGGUGGUUCUUCAGGAGACAAGAAGAAAGACCCUGCUGAUCCCUUUAAUGAUGAUGAAAAGGAAAGACAUAAAGUGGAGGCUCUUGCUAGAAAGUUUGAAGAAAAAUAUGGUGGCAAGAGACGUAGAAAGGACCGUAUUCAGGACUUGAUCGAUAUGGGGUAUGGAUACGACGAAUCUGACUCCUUCAUUGAUAAUUCUGAAGCAUAUGAUGAGCUUGUUCCGGCUUCUCUUACUACAAAGUAUGGAGGGUUUUACAUCAACUCAGGAACACUGCAAUUUCGGCAAGCAUCUGAAUCUGAAGAUGACUAUGUUAAAGAGAAAAAGAAGAAGUGUCCCAAGAAGCGGAAGUUGAAAGAUGGGGGUGAAAAAAUGAAGAAGAAGAAGAAGGAUGAUUCUUAUGAGAAGGAAAAGAAAUCCAAGAAGUCCAAGUUUCCAAAAACUGGCUUUACGGCAUUAAAUGCAAGUAAGGAGAAGAAGAAGAAGAAAUACUCUGGAGCUCUUAGUGUCAAGGAGAUGCUGAAGAAGUUUCAGAAGGAGAAGGAUGCUCAGAAGAAAAAAGAUGAAGAGCAGAAAGUGGUGGCUCCUUCACCAGCAGAACCUCCAGCCCCAAGGGAGGCAGAGGCAAUGGCUGACCCUUUGCUCUCACUGUUUGGCCGUGCCAGCGAUAACGACCUGCUUCAGGCAGCAACGGCUAUGGACUCGUUAACUGACCUAGACCUGGAGCGGCUCCUCAGUGAAUCCCCAGAAGGAAGUCCCUUUCCUGAGGUGGAGGAUGGGAGCGAUCCUGUUGGGAUGGGCUUGGAGCAGGAUUUCAAGCAACCACCGUCCCUCCCAGAAGGCCUGCCAGCCCCUUUGGAGAAACGCAUCAAAGAACUGGCUCAGGCUGCCAGAGCUGCAGAGGGAGAAGGCAAACAGAGAUUCUUCACUCAGGAUAUCAAUAACAUCAUACUGGAUAUCGAGCUGCAGACCCGGGAGCUGAACAGCCAGAUCCGGUCAGGGGUGUACGCCCACCUGGCUGCUUUCUUCCCAUGCAGUAAGGACACUCUGGUCAAGCGUGCCCGGAAGCUCUAUCUCUAUGAGCAGGGUGGCCGAUUGAAGGAACCUCUACAGAAGCUAAAGGAAGCCAUUGGAAGGGCCAUGCCAGAGCAGAUGGCCAAGUACCAGGAGGAAUGCCAAGCCCAUACCCAGGCCAAGUUUGCCAA